AUGGCCACGCUGUUGGGAGCUUAUCCGUGGCCCGAGGGGCUCGAGUGCCCGGCCCUGGAAGCCGAGCUGUCGGAUGGGCUGUCGCCGCCGGCCGCCCCUCGCGGGCCGGGGGACAAGGGCUCGGAGAGCCGUAUCCGGCGGCCCAUGAACGCCUUCAUGGUAUGGGCCAAGGACGAGAGGAAACGUCUGGCGGUGCAGAACCCGGACCUGCACAACGCGGAGCUCAGCAAGAUGCUGGGAAAGUCGUGGAAGGCGCUGACGCUGUCCCAGAAGAGGCCCUACGUGGACGAGGCGGAGAGGCUGCGCCUGCAGCACAUGCAGGACUACCCCAACUACAAGUACCGGCCUCGCAGGAAGAAGCAGGCCAAGCGCCUCUGCAAGCGCGUGGACCCGGGCUUCCUCCUGAGCUCGCUCUCCCGGGACCAGAACGCUCUGCCCGAGAAGCGGGGCGGCGGCCGCGGGGCGCUAGGGGAGAAGGAGGACAGGGGUGAGUACUCCCCGGGCUCCGCCCUGCCCAGCCUGCCGGGCUGCUACCACGAGAGGCCAACUGGCGGCGGCGGCACCCCAGGCAGCGUGGACACUUACCCGUACGGGCUGCCCACGCCCCCGGAAAUGUCGCCCCUGGACGUGCUGGAGCCAGAGCAGACCUUCUUCUCCUCCCCUCGCCAGGAGGAGCAUGCGCACUCCCGCCGCAUCUCCCACCUGCCGGGGCCCACUUACUCCCCGGAGUACGCCCCCAGCCCCCUCCACUGCGGCCACCCCCUGGGCUCCCUGGCCCUCGGCCAGUCCCCGGGCGUCUCUAUGAUGUCCACUGUACCUGCCUGUCCCCCGUCUCCUGCCUAUUACUCCCCUGCCACCUACCACCCUCUCCACUCCAACCUCCACGCCCACCUGGGCCAACUCUCCCCCCCUCCCGAACACCCCGGCUUUGAUGCCCUGGAUCAGCUGAGCCAGGUGGAACUCCUGGGGGACAUGGAUCGCAAUGAGUUCGACCAGUAUUUGAACACUCCUGGCCACCCAGACUCUGCUGCAGGGGCUGUGGCCCUCAGUGGGCAUGCCCCGGUCUCCCAGGUGACAUCAACAGGCCCCACAGAGACCAGCCUUAUCUCCGUGCUGGCUGAUGCCACGGCCACGUACUACAACAGCUACAGCGUAUCAUAG